AUGAAUCUGCUGAGCCGAGCUUCAAUGAAAUCUAUCCGUCUGAUUCAAAUGGCGCAUCAAAAUCAAGGCCUGGCAUCAAUCAUUCGGGGCCCGUCUCGGCUUUUCUCUACCGAAGCUGACGAGGCAAGCGAGGGCCAGAAUCAGGAUCCAUCUAGUCCAUUUCUUCAAACCCCAACUUCGGGUUUGGUUUAUGGCAGACUAAGUGGCAUCACAAAGCAUACGGCAAAGAGUGAUAUUGUCAAUUUGCUCGAGGGGUGUCACCUCGGUUUGGAUGAUGUCAAAGUUGAAUACAGUCGAAGUUAUAUGCCAAGUUCAAUAGUGGUGCAAUUCUCCUCUCGAACUGCUUAUAAUGCUGCUCUUCGGGCAAUUGGCAGGCAUGGUCGUUUGUUUAGAUUGGAAAGGGCUGACCGAACGCAGUGGGAUCUUAUUGCUCCUUUCGAUGGCAAAGCAAUUUUGCUACAAGGAAUUCCUCGCAAUGCAUUACCCGAUGAUAUUGAACGCUUCCUUACUGGUUGUCAAUAUGAUGCAUCUUCCAUGCAGAUAUUUAUGAGGCAAACAAACCAAGGCCCCAUGAGAAUGGCUGUUGUGCGCUUCCCGAACCCGGCUUUAGCCACGCACGCACAAGUUACCAAGAAUAGAGGCUUUUGUCUCAACAAUCAAAUCUCAGUCCAAGUUCUUCGCUAG